AUGGCAACAGAAAAGAAAUCCGGAGAUAUUGAAUCUCAAAUUGUCGACAUUGACACCUACCAAGCCAAGGACAAUAUUGCAUCUAACGAAAAUGCUGGUUGGUACUCCAAAUAUAUGAAGUAUCUCUCUCACGUCGAAACCAGAGGUAUAGAAAGAGUCCCAGAAGAUGAAAGAACUGAUACUAGUUGGUUAUCGCCUUUCACCAUUUUCUUUGCCCCAAAUAUGUCGAUCGCCGCAAUUUCUACCGGUGCUUUGGGAACCGCAGGUUUGGGUCUCGAUUUCUGGACUUGUUUGAUUUGUAUCGUUGUCUUUUCUAUUAUUGGUGCUUUGCCAGUCGGUUUAUAUGCUGUGUUUGGCACUAGAUUUGGGAUCAGACAACAAAUCUUGUCUCGUUUCUUAGUUGGUAACUAUGCUGCAAGAAUUUUUGCUUUGCUCAAUGUCAUUAGUUGUAUCGGUUGGAAUGCCAUCAACACAAUUGCCGCUGUCGAAAUGUUUGUUUCUGUUGGUCCUUUACCUCCAGCUGUUGGUUGUGUGAUUAUUAUUAUUUGUACUUUGGUCAUGGCGUUCUUUGGUUACAAGAUCAUUCAUAUUUAUGAACGUUACUCUUCUAUCCCAAACGUCAUUAUCUGUUUCAUCAUCAUUGCUCGUUUGAAGAUUGAAGGCGACUUCACUCCAGGUAAGAUGUCAUGGGAAACCAAUAAAGCUGGUAAUAUUUUUACUUUCAUCUCUAUAGUCUUUGGUUUUGUGGCCGGAUGGACUCCUAGUGCUGCCGACUAUACCGUGUACGCCCCUGCAAACUCCUCCCCUGCAAGAGUUUUCUGGUCUAUGGUUGCCGGCCUUACUUUGCCAUCCCUUUUCACUUUGAUUUUAGGAGCUGCCAUGGGGGCUACAUGUUUCACCAACCCUCUGUUGGCUUCAGCAUACACAGACAAUGGUAUCGGUGGUUUGACUAACGGAAUCUUGGUCACCAACUCUCUUGGAAGAUUCGGGGAUUUCUGUUGUGUUAUCCUCGGUCUUUCAACUAUUGCCAACAACUUGCCAGGUUCUUACUCUUUGUCUUUAUCUAUGCAAGCCAUUUGGUCACAAUUUGCCAGGGUUCCUAGAAUUGUUUGGUGUGUUGUCGGUAAUCUCGUGUCAUUAGCUAUUUCCAUCCCAGCUUAUUACGAUUUUGGUGAAGCUUUAUCAAACUUUUUAUCGAUUAUUGGGUACAAUGUGUCCAUUUACUUGGGUAUUUCACUUUGUGAGCAUUUACUUGUUAGAAAGAAUAAAUUUUCCAACUACGACUUGACCUUUGAUGAAGUGAAACACAACUUCGUUGACAUUCCUAUUGGUUAUGCUGGUUUUAUCACUAUGUUGAUCGGUUGGUUCUUUGCCGUCGUUGGUAUGGAUCAAACCUGGUUUUCUGGGUUAGCUGCUAGACACAUUAAAGGUGGUUCCGGUGAUAUUGGUUGGGAACUUUGUAUCGCUUCUACUUUCAUUGUUUAUGCUGCUUUGAGACCUUUGGAAUUGAAGUAUAUUGAAAAGAAAUGGUAA